CUUUCUUCCUUUUUUGCCUUUAUAUUUUUCUAUUCUUACUGUAAUGCCAUUUUCAUCAAACACAGACAAUCAACCAAAAUCACCAACAUCGCCACCAGCAGUAAGACGAUCAAACUCUACAAUGCCUCGCAAACAAAGACGAAGAUCCUGGUUUCAGAAUUCUGUCUUCUUUUCAUUAUUUGCAUCUGCGCCUCCUUCGCCGGUACAUGAAGUUACCUGUCAAAAACAAAGAUCCCAUUCACUCGAUCCAGACGUAGGAACACACCACAAACCAACCCGAUCGCCAACCUUGAAUCUGAAUCUCGGAAAGUCGACCAUUCAGUCCUUUCUCUCAAAGGCUAAACGGUCAAAUACCAAACGCUCUCCGACCCAGAUCAACGACCCUUCACCAAUCGUCUUGGAUGAACCGGCGGAUUAUUUUUCAAUCAAUACAUCGGACCCCACACAAACAGCGGGAACCAUAGGAGGUGAUGGGGCCAGAAGAUACAACCCACAGUUGAUAUUAACAGAUAAUGUUCUGGCGUCUGUUCAUCCUCUCCAACCUCAGCCACCACCAGCCCAUAAAUACCAUCACCAUAAACAUGCCUCUGAACCAAACCAUUUUCUCAAAUCCGAUGACGAUGAAGUCGACCGAAUUCAACUCAAGAACGACCUAGUAAAACUUGCCUUUGAAGGAGAGUUCAAAUUUCCAUUUCGAUUCCAGGAUCUAAAGAAUGGUAGGAUACUUGACGUUGGGUGUGGACCUGGAUCAUGGUGCAUUGAUAUUGCUCGCAAGUACCCAUCCGUUCAGGUCAUUGGGGUGGAUAGCGAAGAUAUGUUCCCAGAUCCAGUAACAGUACCAACAAACUGUCAACUGGUGAGAUACAAUGUACUCGAUGGCCUGAGUGCCUUUGAAGACAAUACCCUUGAUUUUAUCCACAUCCGGUUUAUGGCCCUGUCAUUCACAGUUGACCAAUACACCAAAGUAAUCAAAGAUUGUUGGCGUAUCUUACGGCCAGGAGGAUACCUUGAGAUGAUGGAAGCAGACAUUACAAUAUAUUCCCCUGGGCCUGUUACAGCCAAGUUUAACAAAGAAGUUGCAACAGUGGCCAAUGAUCGCGGGUUCAAACCAUGGUUAGCACGACAGCUAGCAAACCUGGUUCCAGAAGAUGCUCUUAACAGACAAGAAAGAUACAGAUCCUUGCCAUUGGGACUGUGGGGUGGUCGCCUCGGAGUCAUGUUCAGGGACGACAUGCUUCACAUACUAACAAAAUGCAAAUCUUCCAUUCGCGACUUUUACAAUCAACCGGCUGAGCCUGAGCAACAAAAAGCCUUUGAACUCGAGCUGGCAGAUAUAUCUCGAGAAAUGGAACAAUACCACAGCUACAGCAAUUUCCACUUUAUUACUGUACAGAAACCAGAAAAUAUUACACAACAACAACAAUAUCAGCAGCAGCAGCAGCAGCAUAAUAAUAACAAUAAUCUUAAUCUUAAUUCUAAUAAUUCUAAUAAUAAUCUUAAUCACAAUCUUAAUAAUACUAUAGCCAAUAAUAAUAUUAAUACUAAUACUAAUAACAAUAAUCCUACUACUACUACUACUACCACUACCACUACCACUACCACUACCAAUACUAAUACUAAUACUAAUACUAAUACUAACUCUACUACUACCAUUGCUACUACUACUACCAAUAAUAAUCACUAUAACAAUUAUUAUAAUAAUAGUAUUAAUAAUAACAAUAUUAAUAAUCCUUCAAUAAAGCAAACCAAUAUGCGGUGA